GGGAGCGAUGUCUAUCCGCCCACUGGAGAGAAGAGUUGGGCAAGCUGAGACGGCGCUCUGGGUGUGGCGUGGAGUCCAGAGGCGUUGCUUUUCUCCAUUCAAGUGUAGCCUAUACAAUGUUUGACGAGAGAAAACUCUUGCCGAGUCUCUCAACUUUUGCCGUUUCGAAUGUCUGUGCGUAUUUUUAGCUUGUCAGGAAGGUGUUCAAGAAGAAAACGACUACAAGACCACCAUAACUCAAGUGUCGUUACGAGAGAGUACCGUAGCCUACAGACACACGCUGCGUUUUAUGAACCUGUGCCUCAGAUUUAUUUGGAUAUUGAAAGCCUGGAAGUAUCAUGACUGAACAGGUGGAAUCGUUGCUUUGAGCUUUGCCAUUCUUUCUCUCUGCUCUGCAUCUUUCUUGGCAUUUCCUGUGUCCCCUCCUUGCAGUUUUGCUCUUCCCUCCUCACUACUCUCCUCCUCGGUCUCAGACAUGCGGCGCUUCAGCUCAGAGGGCUCUCUCUUGGACCUGGAUGCGUUGCCGUGGCGACGGGUCGCGCUGAAGAGGGCCGAGCAGGAACAGGAGGGCUAUGACGUAGGCAGCUACACCCCGCACCUGGAGGAACCCGAGAGCCUGCCAGUGCCGCCUGCCCCAGUUAUGAGCAAGGCAAGAGGAGGGUGGGGGGGUGGCCGAGAGCUGGUGAAGGAGCACAGCAUGAGCGUGGAGAACAUCACUGAGCUGGACAAGGCGGCCAGUGACCUGCAAUCUCCCCUGAAUGAGAGCUACCGUGCCUACAGCGACGGCCAGCUGGCACAAGACCCCGGGGGCAGCAGGGCAGUGGGCAUCGAUACCCCGCCAUCCCCAUCUAGCGCCAAGUGCCACCCGCUCUCGACCAUGAGCCUGCACCCGCACUAUGCCAGGGCACGCCUCACCGCAGCCAAACUCCACCUCAAGACCCUCUUCUCCUCGUCCCAGAGCCCAACCUCCUCACACUCCAACCUGGCAGCCACCGAACAGAAGAAUAGCGCCACCAGUACCAAGGAGAGGCGUUCACGUUUGCCCUUCCUGAAGCAGUGGAGUCAGGUGGGCCACUCCAAGGGCCGAUUCAGCCGCGAGGAACUGGAGUCCUGGUCUCGGUCGCUUAGCAACCUGCUGUCCAGCCGCACGGGUCUGUCUGUGUUCGGGGCGUUCCUGCGCUCAGAGUUCAGCGAGGAGAACCUGCAGUUCUACCUGGCGUGCGAGCAGUACCGUCACAGCUCCAACAACUUCAGCCUGCAGCGCCGGGCCCGGGACAUCAGUGCCACCUACAUCCAGCCAGGGGCACCCAGAGAGGUCAAUCUGGACAGUAAGACUCGCGAGCUGACUCUUGAGCUACUUCAGGCGCCCUCCCACACUUCGCUGUCCAUGGCCCAAAAGCGCAUCUACUCCCUGCUGGACACAGACUGCUACCCACGCUUCCUACAGUCACAGCUCUACUCAUCACUGCUGCAGGAUGCUGACUAACUCUCUGUGUGUGUGUGAGCGAGAGAGAGAGAGAGAGUGUGUGUGUGAGAGAGAGAGAGAGUGUGUGUGUGUGUGUGUGAGAGAGAGAGUGUGUGUGAGUGACUGCAAGCACCGCUUAACAAAUGGCACAUCUACCUCCCUGCUGCAGUAUGCCUAGUGGGUGAGGGUGGGUCAAUGUGGAGAGAGACUACUGAUGAGUGAACAUUAGUUGAACACUGGGAGGUUACUGGAACCGUGCAGUUCUGCGUGUGUGCUGGAACAGUGAGGAGCAUGUUUUUAUGGAGCCAAAGCCUCCCCUCCCCAUCAAGACAAGAGUGCGUGAGGUACUGAAGACAGUAGGGUGGACGCACGGAAACCACACUGGAGGGACUCUGCACUCCCAGCACUAAUCAUUAAACAGAAUCGCCAUGGCAGCGUCAUUGCUCCGGUCUGGCGAGCAGAAUCUGAGGAGCGUGCUGACGGGACGGAAAAACACGUCAGGCAGGACUCGGCUGCGUGGGAGGAGGAGUCAGCUAGGCACUAAAAGAAUCCAAACUUUUCCUGGAACACUCUCAAUCCUUGUUCUCUGAAAACUUCCCCCGCCAUCUUCAAUUUCACAUUGUUCUGUAGUUUCAAGGGGGCUGAAUUUGAGAGUGGCCUGCUAGAAGAUAUGACCAAACCACACCACAGGAGCUAGAUACUGGCCGUGGCAUUGUUCUUUUUUUAAUCUCGGUUAGAGUAUUUCUUUUUUGUGAGUGUUAAAACCAUGUGAAAGAUGAAAAUGUAGAAAUAAAUAAUUUUUAUAAA